AUGGCCUCCCCAAUUGGGAAAGCCUCUAUACCUAUUACUGAGAAAGACCAGGAAGCUAAACUUAGUUCUAGUGACCCAAAAAUUACCCCGACUAUUCCUAUAAGUAUGGUUUCCCCGUUGCAAGAGCUGCAAGAUACAUCCACUGUUGAAUCAAACCCUAAGCCCAACCCUAAAGAAACACCUACCCAAACUAAGGAGGGUGAGGCUAGUGCUCCUCCAAAGCAAGAGAAAAGGAAGAGGGGUUUGAGGAAGGUGAUAAAUGAGGCGUCGAAGGGAUCAGAGGAGGAAACACCAAAGAAAAAGGAUGAGAAGAAGAAGAACCCUCCCAAAAAGAAGGCAAAGUCUACCUCCAUUGCAGAGGAAAACCUUGCCCCAAAUGCAAGAAAGUUGACUCCCAAGAAGAGAAAAUCAAAUAAAGAUAGUGAGGCAAAGGCUCUAGUGACUGAGAAGGAGGAAGUUGCAGAGAAUCCAACUGAGGUGGCAGAGAAGGUAGAAGAAAUACCGAAGAGAAAGGAGGUGAAGAAGAAGACCCCUCCCAAAAGGAAGGCUGAGUCUACCUCCAUUGUAGAAGAAUCCCCAUAG